GCAAGAGGACAGCUUUUAACAUAAUUGCUUGGCUUUUGAGAAAUUGUUUCUUAAAAUCUAAACCCAACCCAACUUUUACGUUCGGAGCUCUGAGCCACUGUCAUAGUGACCCAGACUCAGCCUUUGGAUCUGUGGUACUUGUAUAUCUGAUCUUUUAACGACAGGAAAAAUUCCAGUUUUCCUUCAUGGUAAUCCGGCAUUCGCAGUGUGUUCAGUCAUGGAUCUUAGUGUAAGAAAAAGACGGCACCCCGAGGAGUUAACGUCUCCAAUGUCUUCGUCAAAUCAAGAAACACUGUCAAGAGAGCAUGUCGCCGCCCCAGCUUGCCACCAAGGUAUGCCAGAUCUUUCCGCGCUUCGGCCCCGUCAUCGAAGAAAAGGAAUUCCCGUAAAAAUGACACUGUCUAACAGAACCACAGUGUAUCCGUUAUACAAGGAAACAGGAAUCGAACAACGAGUUCCACGUCCGUGUGCAGAGAGUCAAAGGAUGCCACAACGACGGGUGGAGCAACUGCCUCCCCACGUAUCCUCCAAUCAGCACCUGCUUCAAGGUUAUAUUGACACCCACGACGUAACGAGGGGUAACCAACAUAAUGUGAGCGAAAAAUUCGAAGCGUCAGCUCCAGAGCAAAGAGAGAACCAGCGUAGAAAGGACACGCCUACAUAUGGUUACCAUGGCAGCCAAAACACUCAAUCGAUACUCUCAGGGACCAAAGAGGUCGCGCAAAAGCUGCUUGAUGAUCAAUCCCACAGACAACCAAUCUCAUAUCUCAACACAAAGACGAAAGUUAUUUCAUCCAAAAAGCGUAGAGAAUCAGGCAGGAUCUGUGAUCAAGGGAUACACUCUAGGCGACAACCACUGCCCCAGACCCUUGGCCCACAAUCCGCGUCUCUGCCCCCUCCUACCCUUCAUAACAUCCAUCAACCUUCCCAAACCCCGCCCGCCCUUCACAUCGACUUGUCCCAACCUUCCCCACCCUCGCUCACUCUUCCCAUUGACCUCUCUAAACCUUCCCCGCCCCCGUCCACCUUUCAAACCCAGAUCUCUCAGUCCUCUCGUCCAACCCUUCACAACGACCCCCCUCAACCUUCCUCGACCCUGCCCAUCCUUCCAAUCGACCUCUCCCAACCUUCCAUGUUUCAAACCCCUUCAACUCUUCGUAACAUCCCUCAACCUUUCCAAACCCCGCCUACCCUUCCAAUCAUCCUGCCUCAACCUCCCUCUACUUCAACAACCCAUCAUAUCGACACCUCUCGAUCUUCUACACACUCGCUCCCCCCUCGAAACAACCCCCCUGAGUCUAUGCCGCCCCCACUCCCACCCAUUCUUCAAAAUCACCCCGCUCAUUCUCCCUCGCCCUCAUCCGCCCUUCCAAUCGACCUCUCCCGUCCUUCCACACCCCUAUCCACCCUUCACAACGACAACCCUCAAUCUUCACCUCACCCACCUAUCCUUCAUAACAGUCCCUUUCAGUCUUACCCACCUGCUCCCCAAUCAACCUUUCACUGGGACCCACCUAAAUCUUACCCGCCCAACCAAUACAAAACCGCCUAUCAAUCCUCCCCGACCACCAUUCACAACAACCCACCCCAAUCUUCCCUGCCCACCCUCCAAAACAACCCACCAAAAUCCCUCCUUCCCACCAUUCACAACAACACCUAUCAACCUUCCCCGACCAUCAUUCACAACAACCCCCCUCAGUUUUUAACAUUCCCGCCCAGCCAAUACAACAAUACUCUUCAAAUUUUCCCACCGCCUCUCUCGUUCCCCCGACACAGCCACCCCCCUAAAUCUUCCCCGUCCACCCUCCAAAACAUCCACCCUCAAUUUUCCCUGCCCACCAUUCAAAAUAACUCCUCCCAUUCUUCCCUGCCCACCAUUCAAAAUAACUCCUCCCAUUCUUCCCUGCCCACCAUUCACAAUGACUCCUCCCAUUCUUCCCGGCCCACCCUCCGAAAGAACCCCCCAAAAUCCCUCCUGCCCACCAUUCACAAUGAACCUCCACAGUCUUCAACAUUCCCGCCCAACCAAUACAACAAUGUCCUUCAGUCUUCCCCACCGCCUCCCCCAUCAACCCUUCACCGCAAUCCAUCUAAAUCUUCCUCGUUCACCCUCCAAAACAACCCCCCAGAAUCUUCUCUGCCCAUCCUUCACAACAACCCCCAUCAAUCUUCUCCGCUCACCCUUCACAACAACCCCUCUCAGUCUUCAACAUUCCAGCCAAACCAAUACAACAAUGUCCUCCAGUCUUCCCCACCGCCUCCCCCACCCACCCUUCACUGCAACCCACCUAAACCAUCCCCAUCCACCAUUCAUAACAACCCCUUUCAUUCUUCCCCACCUACUCUACAAUCAGCCCUUCAUUGCGACCCAUCAAAAUUUUCCCCGCCCAACAAACACAACACCCACCAGUAUUCCCACCCCACCCUUCACAGCGAACCUCCUCAGCCUGCCUCAUCCCCGCCCACUCUCCAAGCUCUGCCCCCACGCACAUCCCAUCCGACCUCCGCCACAGUGUCCUCGUCCUCCCUGCCCUCCCGCACUCUCCAGGAGAACGCCUCCCAAGAGUCAACUACGACUUCACAGAGUGAUGACAUGUUCAGCUUCUCUGAAAGCUGUGAGACCCUCCAUAACAUCACUUGGGAAGUAGUCUGGGAGACCAGCCCUAAACCCGACAGUAGAGCCUCCCAGACGGACAGCAACAUUUCCAUUACUGGGACAGAGUCAAGAGAAGAAAGUGGCAGCGGACCAAAUUCUUUAACCUUACAAGAUGCUCAAAUUCACUCAGAAGAUAAAACUGAAAUUUCAUCUUCAAAGAUAGGUUUGACGCUUAGCGACGUCGGAAAAUCUCCAACUAUGCCAGGCAGGGCUGGAGACAAUGACCAGUCUACGUCUGGAUACGACAGCAAAGAGAGUUAUAAGACAGCGCACGAAAACGAGCUCCCCAAAAACAUUCCCACCAGCAAAACAGACAACCAGAUACCCUCAACUUCAGGUGUCAACAUCUACACGACGUCAGAACCAAGAGUAAGCCUAGAUGCUAGCGCAGGAACCAUCACGAGAUCUAGCACAAGAUGCGAUCACCUGACAACAAAUUCCUGGUGCCAAGAAAAGAGGUGCAGGAAGAACAGUGGUUCAGGGCAAACAUGCAAGAAGGUACAGAGGCAAGGGACGUUGGCCAGCAGAGUGCUCAGGCUAGAGCGCGAGCACGAGAAGUUGUUGGAAGACAGCUCACUAAUGUGGAUGGGGCUUGAAGAGCUAAGAAAACAAUUGUACAAUUUGUCCAGGACUAGGACAGAGCCAAGUGAAGAAAGCAGCGGACCACCAUGUUUGAGUCCACAAGAAAUCAUCCACCCCUUAGAGGACAAAUCCGGAUGCUCGCCUCCAAAUAACGAUGUAGCGCCAAGCGACGUCCGAAAAUCCCCCACCAUGUCAAGAGGAACUUCAGAUGACAACAAGCUGUCUACUCUCAGCCACAACGGCGAAAUGUGCAGUAGCAAAGCAGACAACGACAACCCGUCAACAACUUCCUCGAGUACACCCAGCAGCACCCAAGACGACAAGAGAUGUUCUACCUCAGGUUUAAACGGCUGCAUGACGCCAGAGUCCACAGCAGGCUGUGUUGUUAGCCCGAAUGCCGGUAUCAAUGCCAACUCCCACAACAUUUCCUCCAGGGCAGACAGCGAUAUUCCUGAGACUAGGACAGAAGGAAGCAGUGGAGAGCCACCGGUUUUGAGCCCACAAGACAUCCACUUUCACACUGGGGAUAAACCUGAAAGCUGGUUUCCAACGAAGAAGAAUACGACCUCUAUCGGCGAUGUUAGAAAAUUGCCCACCAGGUCAGGUCUAGAUGGAGACGACCUCAAACUCUCUGCUUCCCCUUUCGCUGGCCAUAUGGCGUCAGGCCAGAGAACAAAUCGUGAUACUAGAGUGGGUAUCGGCUCAAGACUUAGCAAAAUGUACGUUCAUCUGAAGCAACCACGGAACAGGCAAAACGAAAGUUCACAGCGAUCAAACAAAAAGAAACAACGAAGGACGUUGGACAGCAGAGUCCUGAGGUUAGAGCAGGAGUAUGAACAGAUGUUGAAAGACAACUCACUCUUGAAUGAAGAAGUAGCAGGGCUAUGGAUAGAAGUGCGUCAUAUUUCCAGGACAAGGGCGGAGCCAAGUGAAAAAAGCAGCAAUGGACUGAUCUUUUUGAACCCGCAAGUUCCUCAUUUCAACCCUGAUGACAAUGUUGACCACUGGUCUAAAAUAAUAGAACCUGUGCUUGACGCCGUCAGAAAACCGCCCACCACGUCUCACAAAGAUGCCGACAAUAAAGAGCAGUCUACUGUCAUUUUCAACGGGGAAAUUUUUAUGAACAGAGAUGACAACUACUCACUAACACGCUUACAAUCACAGAAGACGACUCCAAGUUGAAGACAGAUCCCACAAACAUGGCCAUCAGAGCUGCCAACGACAAUACGCUCUCUUUUAACGGCCACAUGACUCCGGAACCAAAGGAUGUAUGCCGAGAGCGCACUCAAAAAGAAAGGACCGGGAGACGUAAGAAAAGAACUCUUCCGCACCCAGAACACGCUCCCAACCAAACGUUCUUCCCCAGUCAAAUUUCUACCCUUGACCACGUUCAGUGAACACUGAGCAUACAGAAAGAAUUUUUUAUGUUCCCACACCCCAGCAUGCCCCUAAUUAUUACGUUGCCGCAUUUAUGGUCGACUAGUAUUAUAAAUGUAAUGAUGUUUACGGCAUAUCAGUAUUCUUAAGACUUAAAACAAACAGAAAUGGAAUUUUAGAGCCAAUUCUAAUAAUCAACAAUGACAACUGGUAGAUUGUAACAGAAAGGCAAGGUGCAUUCCAAGCAAAGCAAGUUCUGCAAAAUCCGACCAGAAGACGUUUUCUCAAGAAAAUGUCAUGAUAUUAGUAAGCGCAUAUAAUCAACAUAAAAUGAAAUCUGUGGUUGCUACGGCAUACCACAAAAGUGGCAGACCAAUUAACUAGCGACAAAAUGGAUGAUUAAGAAAAAUGUGUAUAUAAUGUGUUUUUAAAAAUUAUAUUACUUCUAUCAACUGAAUUGUAUACAUAAUGUUUAUUUACCUAUCAAAUAAUAACAACAGAAUGAAUGGUUAGGAAGAAAUCGUGUAGAUAAUGUAUUUACUAUGACCGGGUCCAACAAUAAAACACCGAGCUUGCCAAUAGAA